AUGCUAGAGGGCUGCCCCGCUGACAUACUCAGCAGAAUGCCUGGCCCUGCCACGCGGUUGGCGUUCCUAUCGCUGCUGGCUGGCGGCGCAUACUGCGACGCUGCGUGCUCCUCCGGCACUCGUGCUACCGCUGGUCAUGACUCGGCCGCCGCGUUUGUCUCGUACGUUCCUGUCACUGCAUCCUUCAACCCGUUCUCGAGGGUGCGCAGGGCGGCCAAGCGGGCCAUACCAGGGACCAGACCAGAAAGUGACGAGAAAACGCUGGGGCAAGCUCUCCCGGGAGGACGUCCACUGCUGUCGUUGACCCCCGUCAAGGCCGAGGGAAGCGAUGGGGCACCCACCCCGCCCGCCCCGAAUGCCGCUGGAAAAGACGGAGCUGCAUCGCCGCCGCCCGCCGGCAACUCAGCGGCGCCUGGGGGGGCGCCUCCAGCGGGAGGCAGCAUUAAGGAAGCCAUCUCGGCGUUUUCGAAGGGCGAAAUUGCCAAGUCUGACCUGGAGAAGCUCGUGAAAGAAAAGGAGGCGGUGGAACUAAAGGCGGCAGGAGAACGGCAGGCGGAGUCGUUGCGACAGGCUGCCCAGGCCAAGUCACAGCUCGCCGCGAAGGAGAAGAUGGACGCCCUCAUGGUGGCCGGGGCGGCCGCGACCGUGGGCCUCGUCGCUGGAGGGCUGGGAGAUGGGGCGUUUGCGGGAGGGGAUGCCCCAUGGGCGCCACCUGUGGGCGCGGUGGCCCUUGGGGGGCUCGGCUACGCUGCAGCCACGGCGGACGGUGUGGUGGGGGAAAACACCCGCAGGGUGAUCGGAGGGUUCGUGGCAUGGCUGCUGGCGUCCUUGAAAGAGGCGGCCGCGUCAGCCGUGGACAGCGCGAAGUCAUCCGCAACUAAAAAGGUGGACGAAACCGUGGCGAGCAUCAAGGCCGUCCCGGACAGCGCUCAGGCGGCGGCGAAGCAGAAGGCGGACGACCUGGUGGCCUAUAUCAAGAGCAUCCCCGACACGAUCGCGGGUGCCGCUAAGGCAGCGGUGAAGUCUGCCCAGGACGAUGCCAAAGCAAAGGCCGACUCCAUCAUCGCGGACAUCAAGGCCGCGCCCAAGAACCUGCAGAAGGAGGCCGCAAAGGCCGGGGAAGCCGCUCUGGGAGAGUUGAAGAAGGUGCCGGAUAAGGUGACGGAUGCGGCAACAGAGGCCGCCACCAGUGCGGCGGACACGGCCAAGAAGACCGCAGACGCUAAGGUGAAGGAGCUGACGGCCAUACCAAACAAGGUUAUCGGCGACGCGGUCAGCAAGGUGGAGGCCGUGCUGCCUACCCCGCCGGCACCAAAGCCGGCGGCGCCGAAGCCACCCGCCGCACCGAAGCCGCCCGCCGCACCGAAGCCGCCCGCCCCAUCUAAGCCGCCCGCCGCAUCGACGCCGGCAGCACCGAAGCCGCCUGCCGCAUCUGCUGCCCCCUCGUCGCCAGUGAAGCCGUCGCCGUCGGCCGCUGUCAAGACGCCCCCCAAGCCCGCACCGAAGCCUGCGGCUAAGAAGCCUGCGGCUAAGAAGCCUGCGGCUACGAAACCUGCACCUGCGAAGCCUGCUGCUAAGUUCACGGCGAAGUCGGUGGCGGCUCCCGCUCCACAGAAGAAGGCGGCGGCUGCCGCUCCCGCCAAGAAAAAAAUGCCUCCGCUCAGCGCGCCGUUGCGCACCAAGUCCGGGGUGAAGGCUACCUCUGCUCCUGUGGCUGCUGCCGCUGCUUCUCCGGCGAAGAAGGGCCCAGCCGCGGACGCUGCCCCCCCCGCCGCUGCUGCUAAGAAGCCGGCACCGUCCUCUCCAUUUGGCGGCCUGUUCGGCGGCAAUGGAGGCAACGGCGCGAAGGCUGCGGCAACGAAGCCCACGCCCACCGCUCCGGCGAAGAAAGCGCCCCCUGCAUCCCCGCCCUCCGCGGCCUCCAAGGCCAAGGCCAAGGCCCCGUCUUCUCCCUUCGGAGGCCUCUUCGGCGGCAACGGUGGGAACGGCGCGAAGCCGGCGGCACCGAAGCCGGCGGCACCGAAGCUGGCGGCCGCUGCUCCGGCUAAGAAGGCACCCGCGCCCGCUGCACCCAAGGCUAAGGCUCCGGCAUCGCCCUUUGGCGGCCUCUUCGGAGGCAACGGCGGCGGCGCAGAGAAGAAGAAGGAAGCGGCACCAGCAACGCCUCCGGCGGCGGCGGUGAAGAAAGCCCCGAUGUUGAGCGCGCCGUUACGAUCGGCCUCCAAGCCCGCUGCCGCGAAGCCCGCACCCAAGGCCGCUCCGAAGAAGGCGGCUCCCGCGCCGAAGGUUGUCGCGAAGAAGGCGGCGCCCGCGGCGGCCAAGAAGCCGGCUCCGGCUGCGUCCGGCGGCGGGGGGGGAAUGUUUGGGAUGUUCGGCGGCGGCGGCGGCGGCGGGGAGAGCAAAGCUGCUACGGGCCCUGCUCCGGCCGGCCGCAAGGCGCCGGCACCAGCAAAGGGAGCGGCAGCAGCUACAUUCUUUAAACCGGCGCUCGUGAAGCAGCUGUCGAAGAAGAUGAACGAAGACCAGUUGAAGAAAUUGGAUGCUAUGACUGCCAAGUACGCCAACAGCGGCUCGCCCACGGCGUACGUGAACAGCGCGGCGCAAUUGGUCGGGAAGGGUGUGAUCUCGGAUAUUCUGCCAGAUCUGGUGGGAUCUCUGCCACAGGGGAAGCAAAAGUCAGACCUCUUCACGGUGUACUCGACGUACUGA